GAGACAACAGAAAAAAUAUCAUUGUACGAAAACAGACAACCGGAGAAUAUGCGCUAACAAAGAGCGCCGACGAAGACGACGAAUCAAAUUGUACAAUUCGCUUCUUGACUGCUUUUAGGGUUCUAUGUGCUCGAAAUCAUCGAUCUCUGGCUUCGCUUUCAGUUGACGCUUCUUCAUUUUCUCGCCUUUCUUUUCACUUGCCUUCUUGAGAAGAGAAGGAGAGAGAGAGGAUGUCUACAUCACUCCCUUCUCCGGUAAGUGCAAUCCCUGUUUCAUCAUCGAUGUCGCAUCUCCGGUGGAUAAAUUGCUCAAAACCGUGUUAUCUCAACUGCGGCAGUCAUUUACGCAUCGAUCCUCUCUUUUCUUCCCGCACUUCUGGCUAUAGGCUCCGAUCUUUGCCAAGGAAGUCAUUCAAAGUCCAAGCAACAGUGUUGCAGGACAAGGAGGAUGAUUUGGUUUUGGAGCAAUCAUUUGCAGGAAAGACACUUCCCAAUGAUGAAUUGAAGGGGGAGCCUUCAAAGAGCUCAUUGCCGAAUGGGUUUGAAAGUUGGAUCAUUAAGUUGGAACAGUCCCUAAAUAUCCUUCUAACAGAUUCAGUAAUCAAGAUACUUGAUGGUCUGUACCAUGACCGCAACUAUGCAAGAUUUUUUGUUCUUGAAACUAUCGCAAGAGUUCCUUAUUUUUCUUUCAUCUCUGUUCUACACAUGUAUGAAAGCUUUGGCUGGUGGAGAAAGUCAGAUUAUCUUAAAGUGCACUUUGCUGAGAGUUGGAAUGAGAUGCACCAUCUUCUCAUAAUGGAAGAAUUAGGAGGAAACUCGUGGUGGUUUGACAGAUUCCUAGCUCAACACAUUGCGGUCUUCUAUUACUUUAUGACGGUGUUCAUGUAUGCCUUAAGCCCUAGAAUGGCAUAUCAUUUUUCGGAAUGUGUGGAGCACCAUGCAUAUGAAACCUAUGACAAAUUCAUUAAGGAACAAGGAGACGAGCUGAAGAAAUUGCCUGCACCUGAAGUUGCUGUGAAGUAUUACACUGGAGGGGACUUAUAUUUAUUUGAUGAAUUUCAAACCUCCAAGAUGCCAAAUUCUAGAAGGCCAAAAAUUGACAACUUGUAUGAUGUGUUUGUUAACAUAAGAGAGGACGAAGGAGAACACUGCAAGACAAUGAAGGCAUGCCAAACCCAUGGAAACCUGCGAUCUCCUCAUUCAUAUCAAGUGGAUGCAGAUGUUGAAGAUGAAAAAGAGGACACGGGAUGCACCCUUCCUCAGACGGAUUGUGAAGGUAUUGUUGAUUGCAUUAAGAAGUCAUUUGGAACUUCAGAAGAAGGUUAACUCAAACCAAAUACUCAAUAGAAGAACUUAUACAAUGGUCAGAACAUGUUUUUUUUGGGUUUUUUUGGCUACAUUUAUUUAUACUAUACUGUAUGUUAUUCCUGGGGUAUAUAUCAUCAAUAUAGAAUAAAUUUUUAGUUUUGUGUUCAAACUUAGUUGCAAUAGUCAAAUUUCAAUCCGCCUCAAUAAGGACCAAUGGGGUGAACCAUAGAUGGAGCAUGGAUGUUAUUUAACUGCAUCCUCCCUGAACAAACCCAAUAUAAUUAAUGUUAUUUACUGUCUCA